AUGCACAAAAGCUUUAUAUUACCUAAGGAAAAGCCUUCCUCCAGUCCCCUAACCACUGCAAGCAGCUCUAUGCAUCUCUGCACAAGUGAGUCCAGAGCGCCCCUGUUGUGGGUUGGAUCUGAACUGCGCAUGAGCAGAGAGACGGUGCAUCGGUUUGUCUGGACCGGAGGGGAGUGUGGUCUCCAUUUUCUUCCGGCCGUGUUGGGCCUGGUAGGCCGUGCGGAGACUGCGGCGUCGAGGAGCGUCCCUUCUCCGUUUGUGUGGUGUGUGGUCACUGCCCGGUGCGAAGCACUUCUCAGGAUGCCGGGCAUGGGGCAAGGGAGGGGGUGAGAGCCGGAAGCACGGGCGUGCUGGGCGGGGGGCGAGCGCGGCUGGUGCGGUUAGGGCGGCGCUCGCUGACCCCCGACUUCCUCCUGUCAGCCUCCGUGUGGCGGCGAGUGAGCUUCCUGGGAUCUUGACAGCGAAAAUCUCGGAGCAGCGCCUAGGUCAUUAUUGCUGUGGCUUGAGCUCAGCAUGGCUGUAGUCAUCCGUUUACUGGGGCUUCCUUUUAUUGCGGGUCCUGUGGAUAUCCGUCACUUCUUCAAGGGAUUGACUAUUCCUGAUGGAGGAGUGCAUAUAAUUGGAGGGAAAGUUGGGGAGGCUUUUAUAAUUUUUGCAACAGAUGAAGAUGCAAGACGUGCUAUAAGUCGCUCAGGAGGGUUUAUCAAGGAUUCAUCUGUAGAGCUUUUUCUUAGUAGCAAGGUAGAAAUGCAGAAGACCAUAGAAAUGAAAAGAACUGCUCGAGUAGGAAGAGGGCGACCAGGAUCCGGGGCAUCAGGGGUUGGCAACGUGUAUCAUUUUAGUGAUGCUCUGAAGGAAGAAGAAAGUUAUUCUGGAUAUGGCUCUUCGGUUAAUCGAGAUGCUGGGUUUCAUACAAAUGGUACAGGACUUGACUUAAGGCCAAGAAAGACCAGGCCAUUGAAGGCUGAGAAUCCUUACUUAUUUCUACGAGGUUUGCCUUACUUAGUAAAUGAAGAUGAUGUCCGUGUCUUUUUCUCUGGUUUGUGUGUAGAUGGAGUAAUUCUCUUAAAACAUCAUGAUGGCCGAAAUAAUGGUGAUGCUAUAGUAAAAUUUGCUUCAUGUGUUGAUGCUUCAGGAGGUCUUAAAUGCCAUAGAAGUUUCAUGGGUUCAAGAUUUAUAGAAGUCAUGCAGGGUUCAGAACAACAGUGGAUUGAAUUUGGUGGUACUGCAACCGAGGGCGGUGACACUCCUCGUAUGAGAUCUGAAGAGCAUUCUCCUUCAAGAAGGAUUAAUGGUAGACAUUUUCGGAAACGGUCUCAUUCAAAAUCUCCUAGAGCACGUUCUCGCUCUCCUCUUGGAUUUUAUGUUCACUUAAAAAAUCUGUCCUUAAAUACUAACAAAAGAGAUUUAAGGAAUCUCUUUAGAGAUACUGACCUGACUAAUGACCAGAUUAAGUUUGUGUAUAAAGAUGAAAGAAGAACACGCUAUGCCUUUGUGAUGUUCAAGAAUCAAAAAGACUAUAAUACUGCCCUGGGUUUGCAUAAGACUGUUUUACAAUAUCGUCCAGUCCUUAUUGAUCCAGUGUCUAGGAAGGAAAUGGUGAGAAUCAUUGAAUGCUAUGAGAAGAAGAGACCAGAGUCUUUAGAGAAGGAAAGGCCAGGACGUGUUUCACAAAAGUACUCUCAAGAAGGCUUCUCUGGCUCUGGUCAGAAGCUGUGCAUAUAUAUAAGAAAUUUACCAUUUGAUGUUACAAAGGGUGAAGUGCAGAAGUUCUUUGCAGACUUUUCUCUUGUUGAGGAUGACAUUUAUCUGCUUUGUGAUGACAAGGGAGUUGGUUUGGGAGAAGCACUGGUGAGAUUUAAAUCAGAAGAACAAGCCAUGAAAGCUGAACGUUUGAACCGACAAAGAUUCUUGGGGAUAGAGGUGUUGUUAAGACUUAUAUCUGAGGAACAAAUGCAGGAGUUUGGUGUAAAGUCUUCCUGGUUGUCUAAUGAGAGGACACAAGCGUGUUCCAGGUCACACGAUGGAGAUGACUGUUCCUGUUUGUUUGACUUAAAAGAUCCGUCAUCCUGUUCAUUUGGCCAGUCUGAAAGCCUUCGUUACCAUCCAAAAGACUUAAGGAAAAUGGGUCAUUUCAAGCAUCCCCAAGGGUAUUUCCGGCAGUCUGACAGGCGCUCUCCUGAGGACUUCAGGCACUCCCCAGAAGACUAUAGGCACCCCUGGGAGGAGCAUACCAGCCACUCUAGGGAGGAAGACUGGAGACUGCCUCUGGAGGAUUGGAAAUGGUCACAGGAAGAUGAUUUUAGGCAGUGUCAUGAGAAAGAUCGUAGGCAGCUAAGAAGCCCUUGGGAAGAAGACUUCAGACGGCCAUCUCAGGAGCACUUCAGGAGAUCCUAUCAGGAGCACAUUAGACAGCCACCCGAAGAACAUUUCAGGCGUUCCCGAGAGGAAGAUUUCAGGCAUGUGGCUGAUGAAGACUUUAGGCAAGCUUCUGAUGAGGACUUCCGGACCUCCCAAGAAGAUUUGAGAUAUCCCACUGAUGAGGACUUUAGGAGGGUGUCUGUGGAAGACCUCAGGGAAGUUCCAGAGAAGGACCUUCGACUUCCUAAAAAUUUUAGAUCUCCUGGAGAGGAGUUUUGGACCCCACCUGAUUUCAGAGGUCAACAUCCCUUUGGGAACUUUGAUCAUCUACAAGGUGGCAAAUUUGAUUUUGAAAAGUAUAAAUUUGGAAGUUUUCCUGAUGCAAAAGUUACCUCUGAUCUAAAUUUAAAUUGUGUUUCAGAUAAAAUAAUUCCUGUUAAGAUAUCCAAUCUUCCAUUCAAAGCUAAUGCUAGUGAAAUUCUAGACUUUUUUCAUGGUUAUAAAGUCAUACCUGAUUCCGUUUCAUUACAGUAUAAUGAGCAAGGAUUACCUAUAGGAGAAGCCAUUGUUGCUAUGACAAAUUAUAAUGAAGCUCUAGCUGCAGUUAAAGAUCUAAGUGGUAGACCAGUUGGUCCCCGCAAAGUUAAGCUUAGUUUGCUUUAGAGGGCCUUUCUAAGUAAACAGUUUUCUUCCACAGUGUUCAUGCAGUGAAAGUAAAGUUUUUUAUAGAGAUGAAAAAUUUUAUUUUUAACUUGUGAAUAGAAAAAAUGUGUUAUGUAAAUCUCGUUUCUUUUUGCUUAUAAAUGGACAUUCUUUUACCCCCUAAUUAAAAAUAAAAAAUAUUCUGUUCUUGACAGGUGGAAGAGAAUUUCCUGUAUUCAUUGUGUUCAUUCAUUUAUUUUUGUAUUUUGUUUUUAACCAUAUAAGGAAAUGAACACUGACUGAUGUCUUAGUCAGGGCUUCCAUACCUACACAAGCAUCAUGACAAGAAACAAGUUGGGGAGGAAAGGGUUUAUUCAGCUUACACUUCAUCUUGCUGUUCAUCACCAAAGGAAGUCAGGACUGAAAUUCAAGCAGGAACUGAUGCAGAGGCCAUGGAGGGAUGUUCCUUACUGGCUUGCUUCUCCUGGCUUGCUCUGCUUGCUUUCUUAUAGAACUCAAGACUACCAGCCCAGAGAUGGUACUACCUACUUGGAGCCCUCCCCUCUUUAUCACUAAUUGAGAAAAUGCCCCACAGCUGGAUCUUAUCGAGGUCCAGCUUAAGAAGUUGACAUAUAAAACCAGCCAGUACAAUUGACCCCUUGUCAACUUGACACAUAAACACAUCACUAUUAAGCCUUAUCCCUUACUUUCUUACGAAGAUCUAAAUAACUUUAAAAACCCCAUAGUCUUUACAUAUUAAAAGUUCACUCCCUUUAAAAUAUCAUUAAAAAUCUCAAGUCUUUUUACAUUAAAAGUCUCUUAACUGUGGGCUCCACUAAAAUACUUUUCUUCUUUCAAGAGGGAAAAAUAUCAGGGCAAGGUCACAGUCUAAAGCAAAAUCAAACUCCACCGGUCCAAUGUCUGGGAUCCACUCACCAUCUUCUAGACUCCUCCAAGGGCUUGGGUCACAUCUCCAGCCCUGCCCAUUAUAGCACACAGCUUGUCUUCUAGGCUCCAGCUGCCUAUACUCCACUGCUGCUGCUGUUCUUGUGGUCAUCUGAUGGUAGUGUCAUCUCCAAAACAUUGCUGUCUUCUACUGUAUCUAUGUUUCACCUAAGGCCUCUCAUAGGCUUUCUUCAUGGUGCCAAGCCUCAACUCCUUUGCAUGACCCCUUCAGUCCUGGACUAUCAAUUGCAACUGAGUCUGCACCUUCACCAAUGGCCUUCCACAGCCUCUCACAGUGCUGAUCCUCAGCUGCUCUUCAUGACCCCUUCAUGACUUCAAAACCAGUACUAGUGACUGACUCUUACACAUUACCAAGUCCAGUUGCAACACAAGGUACAACCUUUGUUAUCUCUGGAACACACUGCUCUUUGUGCUCUUAGAAAACACUUCCCAGAAGAUUUCACCUCAAUGGUGCUGUUCUCUUUUUAGUUACUGCUAAUUCCUUAGCUCCAGCUAACCAGCAUCAAUAGUCCCAGUAACACAAAGGUUCACUUUAGUGGUUCAAGUAUCUUGUUAAUCACAGCUGAUUCUUCAGCCCCAGCUAAUCAAAACCACAGAAUCUUCACAAUCAAAAUAGCAACAGCCAUGAUAGGAGUCUUUACUCUUCUCUCUGGAAUUUCACAAGCCAGGGCUCCAUCUGUUAUCAACAUUAUCUUCUAAUCUCCUACACAACAUCCCACAGAGCUCUUAACACCAAAUGAAUCUUCUAACCCAAAGUUCCAAAAUCCUUCCACGGUCCUCCCCAAAACUUGAUAAGGUGUCACAGGAAUACCCCACUAUGCUGGUACGAUUUUGUCUUUGUCAGAGUUUCUAUUCCUGCACAAACAUCAUGACCAAGAAGCAAGUUGGGAGGAAAGGGUUUAUUCAACUUACACUUUCAUGUUGCUGUUCACCACCAAAGGAAGUCAGGACUGGAACUCAAGCAGGUCAAGAAGCAGGAGCUGAUGCAGAUGCCAUGGAGGGAUGUUCCUUACUGGCUUGCUUCCCCUGACUUGCUCUGCUUGCUUGCUUAUAGAACUCAAGACUACCAGCCUAGAGAUGGUACCAUGCACAAGGGGCCCUCCCCCCUCGAUCACUAAUUGAGAAAAUGCCCCACAGCUGGAUCUCAUGGAGGUACUUCCCCAACUGAAGCUCUGUGAUAACUCCAGCUUGUGUCAAGGUGACAACAUAAAACCAUUGAGUACAACUGAUUAAUCAGGUUUGGCACUUUUAUUGCUACUUGCCUGAAAAAGUGUUUGUGGAGACAUUGUGCCAAUGUCUCCUAUGAACUUUAACUAGUCCAAAAAUGAACUUACUGUGAAAUGAAAUUUUCUCAUGUGAUGCCUCAGGAAAAUCUCAAAAUUUGUAUUCACAACUUUGUAAAGUUUUAUAAAAAUAAAAUUUCACUUGAAAUACUUA